AUGGCAACGGCGGCCACCACGAACGGCAAUGGCGCGGCCUUUGCACCUGUUCUUUCGGCACUCGCGACCAUGUCUAGUAACGUGGAUCGCUCCUCAAAGACGCAGGCGCAUACGUACUUGGAGUCAUUUCAGAAGUCACAGGAGGCAUGGACCUCCACCUUUGCCAUGCUGCAAGCCUCCGACGCAAGCGAUGAGGCCAAGCUAUUUGCAGCAACUACGUUGAAGGGAAAGAUCAUCUUCGACUUUCACCAAAUACCCCGAGAGUCAUGGCCUCAGCUGAGAGAUACCUUGCUCCAAGCCGUUGCUCAAUACGCGAAAGGCCCGAAGCCAAUACGAACGCAGCUCUGCGUGUGCCUAGCAAAUUUGGCUAUCCUUAUGCUGGACUGGAAGGAUGUUUUGCAGACAGUGGUCUCGACGCUCGGCAGUGAUGCAGCAGGUAUUUCAUGUGUCUUGGAAUUCUUGCACGUCCUGCCAGAGGAAGUCACGGAGGGCCGCAAGAUCAAUUUGGCGGAGGAUGAGCUACGGACACGGCAACAAGAAUUACUGGAACAGAACGGGCAGCAUGUUCUGCGACUCUUGGUCCAGUACGCACAGUCGUCGCCGGAGGCCGCAAAGAAUCCGCAGCUCAUGGAAUGCAUCACAUCAUGGAUCCGCGAGGUGCCAUUAAACGACAUUGUCAACUCUCCGCUCAUGGAAGUUGUUCAAACCGCUGCUCAAUCCGACUCUGCCUUCGAUGCCGCAGUGGAGACAAUGUGCGCCAUCUUCAAGGAGACUCGGGACAUCGACGAGAACAUGAACAACAUCAAGGCCCUCUAUCCGAGAUUAGCAGCGCUUGCUCCCCGAAUCAAGGCAAGUGCGGAUGAAGAAGACUGGGAAACUUUUAAGGGCGUGACUCGCAUCUUUGCUGAGGCAGGCGAGGCUUGGGUCAUUUUGAUCGCUCGAGAACCACAGCAGUUCCGUGAUCUCGUGGUCGCAGUCCUCGAAUGCUGCAGACAAGACAAGGAGCGAGAGGCUUUGAGCCAGACCUUCAACUUCUGGUACGAGCUGAAACAGUAUAUCACGCUGGAACGAUACAUGGAAGCACGUCUGCAAAUGGUGGAUCUCUACUCGCAGCUGGUGGAUAUAAUGAUCGUGCACCUGCAAUAUCCAGAGGGCGAUGACUCAGAUCUAUUCGAAGGAGAUCGAGAAGCCGAGGAUCGCUUCCGCGAGUUCAGACACCAGUUGGGUGAUGUUUUGAAAGACUGUUGCGAGGUCAUUGGUGUGACGGAGUGCCUUCAAAAGAGCUAUCAGCUUAUCGAGAGCUGGGUGGGUCAAUUCGGCGCACAAGCUCAGGCUGGACAGGUACCGCACUGGCAGAAACUGGAAGCUCCGCUAUUCAGCAUGCGAGCGAUGGGUCGCCAGGUGCCACCAGAUGAGAACAUCAUGUUGCCACGACUCAUUCCGCUCAUCGUUCAGAUUCCUGACCAAGAGAAGGUCCGUUUUCAGGCUGUCAUGGCUUUGGGACGAUAUACAGAAUGGACUGCUCAACACCCGGACACACUUCAAGAUCAGCUCAACUUCAUCAUGGCCGCUUUCUCGCACCAAUCGAAAGAAGUCGUUCGGGCCGCGGCACUCAGCUUCAAAUUCUUCUGCAACGACUGUGCCGACUUACUCAAGGAAUACAUGCCCCAAAUUCAGCAGUUCUACGAAGCGAACCUCAACUCCCUGCCACCCACGAGCCAGGAAGAGACCACGGAAGGAGUGGCAUCUGUGCUUGCCAGGCAGCCUCUUGAAUCGCUCUAUCAGUCUAUGAAGCUGUGCUGCGACCCGAUCGUCAAGCGGCUAAUGGCCAUGGCGCAAGCGGCAACCGAAAAGGAGCAAAAGUUGGCUAUUGCCGACCACCUAAACCUCCUCACUAUCUUUAUACAGUGGGUCACGCCUUACGUGGAGCCCUCGAAGCCACAUCCCGCCGUUCAGUACUGCCAGGAGAUCUUUCCAAUUCUGGCUACCAUCUGCGAAAACUUCAUCAACUUCGUGCCCAUAGUCGAGCGGGUGUGCCGAUGCUGGCGCUACAUGGUCUUAUCUUAUCGAAUCCACACCGCGCCACUCCUCAACCAGCUUGCAGACAAAUUGGCCGCCGGCUUCACAGCAAGCAGACAGGGUUGUUUCCUGUGGGCGACCGACAGUAUUGUGCGCGAAUUCUCCGAUGAGUCUGAUUACGUAUCUCGGGAAACCACGGACCAAAUCUACGCCUUCUACGAACAGCAGGCAACUGCAUUCCUGCGCGCACUCAAUGACCUCACUCCUGAAGAUCUUCCUGAUGUGAUCGAGGACUUCUUCCGCAUGUCGACAGAUGUGCUCUUAUACCACCCGACGAAGAUUGUGGCUUCCAGCUUGAUGCCGCAUAUCCUUUCCGCCGCCACGAAUGCACUUUCUCUGCUGAAAGAGGAACCACUGAUUGCAACGCUCCACUUCCUCCGCGACUUCCUUGCUUACGGCGGCGAGGACGCGCCAUCUCCAACCUUCGACGCCAACGAUGGCACCUACAGUCUCCGCUCAAACCCUCCCCAGGUGCAGCAGAGCGUGAAGGAGCUCGUUAAGUCGGAAGGCGAGCACCUCACUCAGCGUUGUCUUACUGGCAUGAUGUACACCUUCCCUCAAGACUGCUUCCCGGACGCUAGUGGUGUGUUGUUAGCACUCUUCCAGCUCAUGCCACGCGAAGCUGCUCAGUGGAUCGGCGAGACUGUAAGCCUUCUUCCACCGGGGAGCAUUGCGCCACAAGAACUCGAGCGACUGUCGCGGAACAUCCAGCAGCGGAUCGAGAGCAAGGAAGUUCGGAAGAUCAGAGGCAUUUUGCAAGACUUUACCAACUCUUUCAGGCGACGGAAUGUAGCUCCGCGCGAGGGCCUGGGACGAUUGGACGCUACAAAGUUUAGAUUUCCGGGUUAGAUGGGCGAAGUAGAGGGCAUCAUGUUAUGAGAGGAUGAAGUCGAGGUUGAGCGUGGCGUGCGGAGUGUUAAGGAUUGCUGCCGCGACGUCUGCGGUCGUCAUGCAGAGUGGGUCAGGCAAAUGCAUUGGGUUGGUCAAUGUAGCGAGCAUUUUAGACGAUGGAAAAGGGCAUCUGGGGCCUAAAGUAGGAAGGAUACCUUGAAUUGUAUGCUGUAGAUUCUUC